UGUGUGCUGACCACGGGGAGGAGCAAGCGGCGGACCAGUUCUGCUUCACCCAUAACAUUGCCAUCUGCUCAUCAUGUACACUAGCGAAACACCAGGCGUGUUCAGAUGUGAAGGAUCUGAACACUGUCAUGGCGUCGGCAGUAACAUCGCUGACUAAUCUUACAGAGAUCCUCACUGGUGUGGAGCAGAAGCUGGAAGGUGCUGUAACAAAGUUGAAGUCGAGGCUCCAGGAAGUUGCUGCUAGCGAGCGAGAAAGCAUUGCACUGGUCGACGAAGCGUGCAGUCAUGUUCAAAUAAUGUUUGAAGACUGUCGGAGCAAGUUGAAAGAACUGACUACUCGUGCGCACACAGAAAUCAACUGCUCGAUACAAGAUACCCACACUGCACUCGUCAAACGUCUAGGGGAAGUGACGUCACACAAACGCAUUCUAGGGCGUGCGAUGCUAGCCACUCCACGUCCAGCACUGAUACACUCCACCAGCGCCCUACACAAGAGGAUCAACAGUCUCCACUUCGAAGUUGACCUGCACCAGGAUUGGAUGCGAUAUUUGCCAACAUUGGGAAGCUGCCACGAACUGGAACGACAGAUAGUCAAAGACCUCAAAGAGGUCGUGGAAAAAAGGAAAUACCUGCAACACGCCAACCUACUUUCCACACAAAUCGAGGCAACAACAUCGUGCUGUUGCAAAACAAGACAGAGGCGCAGCUGGUGACUAUGGACAAGACAUUGUUCAGCAUGGGCGGCAUGGUGGUUCUUUCCGAGGCAAUGGCGCAGGACUGUUUAUAUCAGAUACGGGUUGACAAGAUAAACCGUUCAUGGAACUCAAGCCACAUCAUGUAUUAUGGUGUAACAGGAACCCACCCUUCCAACCUCAAAAUACAAGAACACAUGUAUCAAACUGAUUUUAUAAUCGUAAAG